GAUCCGCACAGAUGGUAGACGGUCGCAAAGCAACGCUCGCUAUGGUGUGGCGCAGUGGACUUCUUUUGCUUCUGGCAGGGCUUCUAAACUACGUUGACGGCCAAUCUGACUUCUAUCGAGAUCGAUUCUAUUCGCGUAUACGAUGUCAUACAUGUGAAGCUGAUUUUAGCAAUACGCGGUACCGGGCGGAUGACCCGUGCCUUAUCGGAGAUCGCGGCAAACUAGCUGACGGUAGUCGAGACAUCGCGUUGUGCAGUCGCAAUGUACGCUUCUGUAAGGCAGGCUGAAGUUUCUAGGCAGCUAGGAUUGCUCGUCACGUUCCAGCGGAGCUGUGCGGAAGAGUGCACGCACUCCUGCUCAACAAAGGGUUUCGGCAUUGUUCGUGAGACCUGCAUCUACUGCUGCACGAGUGAUCCGUCAUGUUCCGAGAAUCCAGAAAAGCGUCGCAUUAAUUACGCAAGACCCAACAGAACCCAUGUGAGCUAUCGGCGGACGAGUUCAAACAGCUCGGCCUCGUCCGCUGCGACAGCGAGAUCAGUGUCCAAUUGGGUACUAUCGUUGAGAGAGAUUCGUGGCACUGAUUAUACUGGCGUUGUAAGCGUGGCCCUCCUGGCAGCUAUAGGAAGCCUCCUACUUCGUUAUUAAUGUCAAUUUCUAUGGCUUAACGUCUAUGGACGACUCCUGCAAAAGCGCGGUGAUUGAAGUUCUGGGCACGGUAGAAUCGGCUGGUAGGUGCUGAGAUUCAAGCAUGAACUAUAUAUAUAGUUACGAUUGUGCAAAGUACCACUUGGUUAACGUUAUGUAUCCGUUCGUCAAAAAACAUUGUCCAGGAAAAAUAAUCCCAUUAACGUAUUGUUGUUUAUUUAUUAGCUAUUUUAUUGUCUGAACGUGUCCGUAGAAUGACUGUUUUUCUUUUCUAGGUAGAAUCAUAGCAUCAAGAAUCUGUCUCGAGCAAAAAAUCGUAUCUGGACUUUAGCAAAAAAAAAAAACCUAUGGCACAGUAUGAUAACUAUAUGCCACGACAAUCAUUUGCCGGCGCUUAAUUUCGAAUCUGCAAUAGCCAAAUGUUCAUGGUUGUCAUGACAACGUAUUGAAAAGGACGUGCAUUGGUCAUGCUACUUCGAAAAUUCUACGCUAUGACGACGUGAAGAAUAGGCUUUGAACGGAGAUAACGGAGGCGAACACCUAAUACUGUAGAUGAAAUCGAACAUCAGAGAAACGUCUAGUUACCCUAGCAUAUAAAUACUACUAAAAUGAACCCAUAGUCAGAGUGACAACAUUCAUAGAAUCGUAUUGUGUGUAUGACAUAUUUAUUAGUUUAAAGCAGGAAAAGUUUGCGCCGUAUAGCCUGACAAGGCUAAACGCCAAAUCGACUAUAUCUUUUUACAUUAUUGACACCUGGCCACAGAUUACUUCAGCCCAACUACUUGAACAUCGGAAAAAUAAAUUUUUUGGAAUCAACCAAUUUCCUAUGAUUAUAUUGUCA